AACCCCAACCCUGUCAUUAACUACGACGGCGUGAGCAAGAACAUCACCUCCGUGGGCUUCCACGAGGACGGGCGGUGGAUGUACACGGGUGGGGAGGACUGCAUGGCCAGGAUUUGGGACCUGAGGUCUCGUAACCUCCAGUGCCAGCGGAUUUUCCAGGUGAACGCUCCUAUUAACUGUGUCUGCCUGCACCCCAACCAGGCAGAGCUAAUUGUGGGUGAUCAGAGCGGUGCCAUUCACAUCUGGGACCUGAAGACCGACCACAACGAGCAGCUGAUUCCCGAGCCCGAAGUUUCCGUGAAUUCGGUUCACAUUGACCCUGAUGCCAGUUACAUGGCGGCUGUUAACAGCUCGGGAAAUUGCUACGUGUGGAACCUGACGGGCGGCAUCGGCGAGGAGGUGACCCAGCUGAUCCCCAAGACCAAGAUCCCAGCGCACAACCGCUACGCCCUUCAGUGCAAGUUCAGCCCUGACUCCACGCUCUUGGCUACGUGUUCUGCAGAUCAGACGUGCAAGAUCUGGAGGACUUCAAACUUCUCUCUGAUGACAGAGCUGAGCAUUAAGAGCAAUAACCCAGGGGAAACAUCUCGGGGCUGGAUGUGGGACUGCGCCUUCUCGGGGGACUCCCAGUACAUCGUCACCGCCUCCUCUGACAACCUGGCCAGACUUUGGUGCGUGGAGACAGGAGAGAUCAAGAGGGAAUACAGCGGCCACCAGAAAGCAGUCGUCUGCCUUGCUUUCAACGACAGCGUGUUGGGAUAAUGGUCACGUUGUGGGAAGGAGAGGACCUCUGCUCGUUUCCCCGUGUCUUACAGUGGCAAGCACCCUCUCUGGAGCCAAGGCAUGCACUUGUAACCCUCCCCUCCUCUGACGGAGCGGGCUCAGUCUCUGGCAGAAGCAGCUGCAUCUGCAUGGAGUGAGACCAAGCUUGAGCUCCGAGCAGAUCAUUACCGAAACGUGCGUGGCCUCUAAGG